AUGGAGACCAGCAUCCAUUCGCGAAGCUUCUACAAUGCUAAAAUGCAGGACGCCUACAACCAGCUACUGUCAGAGCGCGACGAUGACAGAUCGGUUCAAUUUAGCGUUGCGGGGAGCGAGGAGGACGAGGACGAGUUUAGUGAUGAUAUCAGCGAGGAUUUCUCCAAUGAUAUCAUGGAACUAAGUGAUCGAUCGAGCCAUGGCAGAUCUGAGGUUAACGACGAUUACGAACAGUUUAAGACCUCUCUGAUGCGCGACGAGUGGCUAGAACUGGGAGAAGAGGAGGACGACGAGGAUAAAGACUAUACGGAAGAAGCGGACCGAAGUUUCAUAAUGGAAAACGAUGAGCCUGAGGUGGACGUAUGGAUGGAGGAUAAUACCAGAAGUUGGCAAACAGCGGUACCGAAAGCUCGUAAUAUUUGGGCGCUUAUCGCAUUUGUCGUACUGUUUUUAAGUUUCAUUUGGAGACCUGGUUUUAGCUCUGGUGGGUCUAUGCACUCCAGUCUAGAUACUCCAGUGGCUUCUAGUAAUGCCCAGUUACGCGCCCAAUUGAAUAGUUUAUAUCGCGAGCUCCAGGAUGAUCGCAAGACCGCGAAGAAGGAACUAGACAAUGCGAUACGACUUGUCAUUUUACAAGUGGAAAAGAACCUAAAGAAAUUGUUACCGCGCGAUUUAGGGUCUGUGCAGUCUCAGCUGCAACGCCUCGAUACCCAAGUUCAAGAUUUGUCCCGCACUUUUAGUCUCAACAAUGUGACCGAAUGGCAAGAUUCGCUCGUGUUCGAAUUGGAGCAUCUGUUGCCCGAGCAAAUUCCGGUCGUGCUAAAUAAUUCUACCCAGGCGCUAAUGGUAGUGCCAGAGCUGCAUCGAUAUUUGGCACAAAUAAUUCCGCAAGUAGUGAACAAGACGGUGUCCAUCGAAUCAACAAAACCUUUCCAAUAUGAUACCGGUCAAUAUGUGCGUGAAAUAUUGCGAGACGAGUACCAAUAUGUAGACAAGUCUUUCUUUCUCAAGGAGCUAGAUUUGGCGCUUAAAUCCAGUAAGGAAGACAUCUUGCGCGAGAUGGAAUCGCGCAUCUCCACGCUGGAGAACGUGCCGCAGCAAUAUUCCAACGUACUCCAACGGAAGCUCAUACACAAGAUCUACAAUGCCAAUCAACAUCAAUGGCAAGACGACGUGGAUUUCGCCACUGUGGCUCAAGGCACUCGUUUGUUAAAUCAUCUCUGCUCGACAACUUUUCAAGGUCUGCAAGGUAUCCCACCUAACGGGGUUACUCCAUUGGAUCUCUUGGCAGACGCGCAACCCGCACCGUCCACGUAUUGGUUGUGCAGUGACAAAAACUCCAAACAAUGCGCUUGGGCCGUACGAUUUGCGCAGCCGUUAUAUUUGACUCGGAUAGCUUACGUUCAUGGUCGUUUUACGAACAAUUUGCACCUGAUGAAUUCCGCCCCUAGUACCAUCUCGGUCUACGUCAAAUUACAGUCCUCCUCAGAUUCGGAGUUUCGCCGCACCGCGGCCAGAAACGGCCACGGUGCUACAUGGGCUCAAGACCGUUCCUUCAUCGAAAUUGGAUCCUGGAACUACGAUAACAGUGACCCACGUAUCCGCCAAAAUUUUCCACUGCCUCCGUGGUUCAUUCAGUGCAAGCCUCAGGUUCGAAGUCUGGCAUUAGUGGUCAGAUCCAACAACGGAAAUGCGCACUAUACUGCAUUGCGAAAAUUCGUAGUCAAUGCUGUCACGGCACAAGACCUACAGUUGAGCUCCACUUACGUCCAGUCUCGCCAAUUCGAAAUCCCCGAGUAUUCGUCUCCCUUGGAAGAUACAGAGAGAGUACGUGCUUCACAGGUAGCAGCUUGGCAACAACGAAACAAUCCGGCCCAUCCCGGAACGAACGCUGACGUACCUUCGUUUGGACAAGAUGAAUUCGACGAAAACUAA